UAUUAAAUAUUCACAUGAAAGGAAAUAUAUUUGACAUGUGGAUGAAAAUCCAAAAAGGGGAUCUAAUCUCCUCCUCCACUACAAAGUACCUGGUGCAGAAGUAUCUGGGCUUUGGCUCCUACGGCGUCGUCUUCCGAUGCCGGGAUGAGAGCACAAAUGAGAAGGUGGCUUUAAAAGUUAUCGAAAGCUCGGCCUGCACUCAGUGUGAGGAGGAAGAGGUGGUCACCCUUCAAACCCUGCAGGAGCACCACUCAGAGAUGUUCAACAUCGUCAGAUUGAUUGACUCCUUCACCUUCAAGGAAAAUGUCUGCUUCGUAUUUGAGCUCCUGGAUAUAAAUCUGCACAAAUUCAUGAAGAUCAACCCGGGUAGACAUCUUGAGCUGAAGCAGAUCCGGCCCAUUCUGCAGCAGCUUGGUACAUCCUUGGAAUUCUUGAAGGGUGCAGGGAUUAUCCAUGCAGAUUUGAAGCCACAAAACAUUAUGAUGGUGGAUCACGUCAAAAAGCCACUGAAAGUAAAAGUCAUCGACUUUGGCUCAGCCUGCAACAAUCCUAAGGAGCAGAUAGGUGUCAUCCUCCAGAGUUUGUGGUACAGAGCUCCUGAGAUCCUUAAGAAAGCUCCUUUCGACGAGGCCAUCGACGUAUGGUCUCUAGGCUGCAUCUCUGCCGAGCUGUUUAUGGGCCAGCCACUGUUCCCCGCCUGGAAUGAGACUGACAUGAAAAGGCAAAUUUAUUUUGCAACUGGAAAGCCACUGCAUGAGGGAGACGAUAAUCCAUAUUGGUUCUGGCCAAAAUACUGGAUGGAAACCAGAUUUAUGAUGAUUCCUCGGCUCUGGGGAGAUGAUGACCAAGCUGAAGUAUCCGACAUGGAGUGCUUUGUCGACCUACUGGAACAGAUGCUGAUGAUGAAUCAAUUUGAAAGGAUUGUCCCCAGAAAAAUUCUCCUCCAUCCAUUCAUCACAAUGAGCCACUUUAAGGGUCCAUUCAAAAACAGCUCCUAUGUGAAAUUGUGCCAGGAUCUGAUGGAAAUCUGCCAGGAUCGGAGCUCUCCCGAAGGAGGACAAGGAGACCAGUUGAUCCCGCAAGACGAGAACUCCUCCGGCAGCACUGCAGAUCACAGCCCCGGCGACUCCCAAGUCAAGAUAAGAAGGAGCGAACGACUGGCAGCCACUCGAAAAGACACAGGUGGGCAAACCGGCCCGGUAAAGUCCCAGAGGAAUAGAACGAGGGAUGAUCCCACUUCCGAUGGCAGCCCCUCAACAAGUAAGAGAAACGUGAGCCUCAAAAAAGAGCAGACGGACCGUGUCAGAGACAAGGACAAGUCACAAGCCGCCCCGUCCAACUUAAGGAGGCAGUUUAAGUUGAAGGUUCAUUCCCUCAGGAGGAGCAAGAGGAAUAAAGAGAAGGUGCCAGUGUUGGACAAAACCUCCCGAGGGAAAGGGAAGAGAAGGAGGCCAGCAUGA